AUGAAUCUCCUCGGCAUCACCAAGACAGCAAGGUCCGCUCUAGCGACUAUCACAAUGGUUCAAAGUCUUCUCUAUCUCACCGGGAUCGAGACCGGGAUCUUGAUCGAAGGCGUGACCGUCGGGACCGAUCAGCUAGUCCAGAUCGCUACACACACAAAGUCAAAGAAAGAGACCGUGAUAGAGAAAGAGAUCGCGAGAAGGAUAGCAACCGCUAUCGUACUGAUCGUCGACGACAUGAAGAUCGUGGUUAUCCCUCGCCGCGAGCAAAAUCAGCAGCCCUCAGCAUCACUCGACCGCCCUUCUUCACCUAAGCUCUCAGAUAUCCCCUCCACUAGCAUCGAAAUCCCAUCCAGGCUUCCUCCGCCUACAGCUACAUUAGCUGCCCAAGACGGAUCCGAGCAGGCUCUGUCCACCAGCCAGCAUGCUCCUACCACAAGUAGUUCAGAUAACCAGAGCCAGAAAGACCUCGAUUCUUCGGCUCCCGGCUCCGCAGUUGCCAAGGCUCGAGCGAUUGCUGAGGCUCGUGAAGGUCGUCUUCCAGGUGAGACGCUAGAACAACAAAAACUCCGUAUGAAGCGUGAACGUCUCGAACAGUGGAAGGCCAAAAAGGCUCUCGAGGAGAACUCUAGUUCUAAUUCCACUCCUCUUGCACCCCUCAUUACCAAAUCUGAUCCAAUCCAGAGUGUCCAAGUUGCCAACAAAUCUAAGAAUAAGUUGGACUCAUCGGGCUCAAUUGCUCCGAAGGGUCUACCGAAGAAGCCACUUGCUGCAGACGAAGCUACAGCUGCUGCUCUCGCCGCUGCUGCAAUCUCCGCUCGUUUAGGAACUGCCCCUCCGCCCACCCUGGCCCCCACCAAGCUCAUGAAAAACGCACCUCCGAUUGGGAUCAAAGGUUUGCCCACCAAGCCAACGUUCAAUGUGUUUCCAGACCCCACUUCGAAUAACUCGAAACUCAGCUCUGCUUUGGGUAUUGAGGAUGACAGCGGUAAAACGAAGAUUCAGAAAUUAAAAUUCGAAGCUAUCAAUGCUGAUGAUGAUCUUUUGAAGCUGGUGGAGGCCGAGGAAGACAGCGACGAGGAAGAUCUAGUAGAUGGUGGCCAUGCUGGAUAUAAUAAACGGAAGAUUAUUGACGGAGUAGAAGAAGAAACCGGAGUAACCGGUGCCGGUCCUGAUGAAGUAGACGAAGAGCAGAGUGAAAGUGGAUCAAAGAUUCGACUGUCACAAGCUGUAGAGAAAACGACCAAAAAACGAUUUGAGGCGGUUUCGAAUGUGGAGACGUCCGUACAGCCUGCUCAAGCUAUGGAUAUCGAUCAGGAAGAAAUCGAUCCUUUGGAUGCUUAUAUGUCUGGAGUUACCGAUGAAGUGACCAAAGUCAAUGAUCGGGAUCAAAAAAAGAUGAAUCAAUUGGCGGCUGGAGCUAAAAAGGUUCUAGAAGAGGACGAUGAUCACAACGAUGAAGAAGAUCAGGCAGGUGGCAGUGAAGACGAGAUCGACAAGACUAAUUUGCGACCCGAAGACAUCAUGGCACUUGUCGCCAAGAAAUUGAAGAAGAAAGAUUUGGCUCCAGUGGAUCAUCAAAAGAUUAGCUACGAGACAUUCAGGAAAGCAUUUUAUCACCCACCAGCAGAGGUAGAAGAAAUGUCAGACGAACAGGCCGAAAACAUUCGUAUUGCAAUGGAUGGCAUCAAAAUUCGCGGCCAAGACUGUCCCAAACCCGUGAUGAAAUGGAGUUGGUUCGGAUUACAUGCUGCAUGCCUAGAAGUCGUCAAAAAUCUUGGUUACCAAUCGCCGACUCCGAUUCAAGGACAAGCUGUACCUGCGAUCAUGUCAGGUCGUGACGUGAUUGGGGUAGCCAAGACAGGAUCUGGAAAGACCUUGGCAUUCCUAUUACCUAUGUUUCGACAUAUUAAAGAUCAAAGACCUCUCGAUGCGCUCGAAGGACCCAUAGCGAUGAUCAUGACGCCUACGAGAGAAUUAGCCACUCAGAUCUACAAAGAAGGGAGGCCUUUUCUCAAGUCUCUGGGCUUAAGGGCCGCGUGUGCUUACGGUGGAUCGCCCCUGAAAGAUAACAUUGCCGACAUGAAGCGGGGGGCAGAAGUGAUUGUCUGUACUCCGGGAAGGAUGAUCGAACUUCUGACUACUAAUUCUGGUCGAGUGAUCAAUAUGCGUCGAGUUACUUACCUUGUCUUGGAUGAAGCUGAUCGAAUGUUUGACAUGGGAUUUGAACCACAGGUAAUGAAAAUAGUCAAUCAAAUUCGACCCGAUCGCCAAACUGUGCUCUUCUCAGCCACCUUCCCCAAGCAAAUGGAAGCCUUGGCUCGGAAGAUUCUCCGGAGACCAUUAGAAAUUACCGUCGGUGGUCGAUCAGUAGUCGCCGCAGAAAUCGAACAGAUAGUUGAAGUCCGACAAGAAUCCACCAAGUUUAACCGAUUACUCGAAAUUUUAGGCAGAUCAUACAAUGAGGAUUCCGAAUCACGUUCACUAGUAUUCGUCGAUCGACAAGAAUCAGCCGAUAAUUUAUUCCGGGAUCUUCUCAAGAAGGGAUAUCCCUGUUUGUCCUUACAUGGGGGCAAAGAACAAGUUGAUCGAGACCAGGUCAUUGCGGAUUUCAAAUCAGGAGUGACUCCAAUCGUGAUUGCAACGUCUGUUGCUGCUAGAGGCUUAGAUGUGAAACAACUCAAGUUGGUAAUUAAUUACGACGCUCCCAACCACAUGGAAGAUUAUGUCCACCGUGCCGGUCGUACAGGCAGAGCAGGCAAUAAAGGUACUUGUAUCACCUUUAUCGCCCCUGACCAAGAGAGAUAUGCUGUUGAUUUACUAAGGGCGCUGGUCACUAGUGGUGCCAAAUAUCCCGAAGAACUUAAGACAAUGUCGGAUUCGUUUUUGGAGAAGAUUAAAUCAGGGAAAGCUCAAGCCUCGGGGUCUGGGUUUGGUGGUAAAGGUCUAGACAGACUAGAGAAAGACCGAGACGCCAAGUCACGUGCCGAAAGAUCGGCCUAUGGUGAGCCUGGAGGAGAAGAGGCGAGCAAAGAAGAAAUUGGAACUGGAGUGGCUGGUGCCGCGGCUAGUGGUACUACGGCAAGUGCCAUUCCGACGGUUGAAAUCCCAGAAAUCAAUGUGGAAGUCAAGAGAGGACCUGCGCCUGAUUCAAACAGACGUUCACAACCUGCUGCCAAGCCAACUCCGCCAGCACCGGUAGAUGUAGCAGCAACUCCUGCUCUUACUGCUGCACUCAAAGCAGCUCAAGCAGCAGCCCAGGCGAAAGGUCUGGAUGCAAGCGGAAUCGCCAGAGCCCAAAACGUGGUUGCUGACUUGAACGCCAAAUUGCGAUCAAUGAUUGCUGCUAAGAACGCUCAAGCCCAAGCCGGAAACCAUGAAUCAGCCAACAACCUCAACAACAAUAACAAUCGGUCUAAGGAUCCUGAUGCGACCGAUUUCCAUGCUAUCGUCCCCAUCAACGAUUAUCCUCAAAAAGCGAGAUGGAAAGUCACGAACAAAGAGACUAUGGUUCAACUGGUUGAUAGUACUGGAGCUUCGGUCACCAACAAAGGUGUAUUUUAUGAGAAAGGCAAAGAACCUGGUCCGGAUGAGCCACCGAAAUUACAUCUAUUGGUCGAGUCUAAUGAAGAGUGGAGAGUUCAACGAGCUAUCACCGAAAUCAAGCAUAUUUUGAUCGAAGCCACUACGCAAGCAUUAGAAGCUGAAUCGCGAAACCCUGGACACCAUCAAGCUGUUGGUAGAUAUAACGUGUUGGGCUAA